AGCUUACGCUACGUGGGGAGGCCGUGCGCAGGCGCGGGUUCCGCUGCGGCCACGGCGGUUGGAUCGUUGCGUCUGCGACGGUGGCGAAUAUGACCCAGCAGGGCGCGGCUCUGCAGAACUACAACAACGAGCUGGUCAAGUGCAUUGAGGAGCUGUGCCAGAAGCGGGAGGAGCUGUGCCGCCAAAUCCAACAGGAGGAGGAUGAGAAGCAGCGGCUCCAGAACGAGGUGAGGCAGCUGACGGAGAAGCUGGCCCGCGUCAACGAGAACCUCGCCCGCAAGAUCGCCUCUCGCAACGAGUUCGACCGGACCAUCGCGGAGACGGAGGCUGCCUACCUCAAGAUCCUGGAGAGCUCACAGACUCUGCUUAGUGUUCUGAAGAGGGAGGCUGGGAACCUAACUAAGGCUACAGCUUCAGACCAGAAGAACAGCGGCGGCAAGGAGAGUUGACCAGGCCAUGGGUGGGGCCUGUUAGCUGUGCUUACCUUAACUCAGCCCCCAACAAGUCUUGUCUUUAAAGGGUCUUUGUUCUUUAUGGCAGCAGCUGCCCCCUCUGGCUAUUUCAGGUGCCCAGAGGGGCAUCUGCCAGCCUCUCCUGGUGUCAGGUAACAAGAUAAGCCCUGGGCACAGCCCACCCAGGGUAAGGUCCCAGGCUCCAUGCACAUGGGCUAUGGAGAUGGCAGGCUGUGGGUCAGCUCUGCAAGGGGCUUCUCUAAGGUGUCCGCCCAGCUGCUGCCAGGGAAGCUGUAGGCUCAGCACCAUAGGAGUCCCCUCACUCAGCCAGCAGGAGCCCAGGUCAAGCAUUUGGGGCAAAGGGAGGGGGCCCUCUCUCACCCCAGAACCUAAACCUCAGGGCUCACCCCUGUGACUGUGUCAAUAAAGAUUGUCUUUGUAAAGA